ACGCCCGUCGUCUGUUUCGCCCACACUUAGUGGUGCCGUUGAGAUGUCGAAGUUAUUAAUACUGUUGCUUUGCUGUGCCGGGUUAAUUAGUGCCCAAACUCAGAAUUGUCCUAGCGGUGAGAAUUUUGAAUGCCGCUGCCCAUGCGGACUAACAUGUGGUACUCUGAACAAUCCUUGUUUAGAAGUCAUUAUCUGCUCUUGCUACUGUCAGGCUGGCUAUACAAGGCGCAUCACCAACGGAACGUGUAUACCUAUCUCGUCUUGCCCGCCCAGUAAUGGUUAGCGGAUCAUAGGAAGUUAUACUGAUCCUCAUACGUCCAAACUUAUCGUUUUUGUCCAAAAACCCAU